AGCGCAAGAAGAGAAGACAUAAAGGAUAAAGAAAGGAAAGGAAGAAAGAUAAUAGACAGACAGGAAUAUUGUGUUUGUUGCUUUCUGGUUUCUUAUUUUUGAUUUGGGUUUUUCUUUAUCAUUCGAAUCAGUUUCUAUUACACUUACUUCUAUUGAAGAAGAGCAGUGAAUAUCUCCAGUCAUGAGUCUUUCAAAUUGCCGCUACUACGAGAACAAGUACCCCGAGGUCGAUGACCUGGUCGUUGUCAAUGUUCGCCAGAUCGCGGAGAUGGGUGCAUACGUCAAGCUGUUGGAGUACGACAAUAUCGAGGGCAUGAUUCUGCUCUCCGAGCUUUCCCGGCGUCGAAUCCGUUCGAUCCAGAAGCUCAUCCGAGUCGGUCGCAAUGAGGUCGUCGUCGUCCUCCGCGUCGACAAGGAGAAGGGCUACAUCGACUUAUCCAAGCGCCGCGUGUCGGCCGAGGACGUCAUCAAAUGCGAGGAGAAAUUCAACAAGUCCAAGGCCGUGCACUCGAUCUUGCGGCACGUUGCCGAGAAAAACAGCAUCCCGCUCGAGGAGCUCUACAACUCGAUCGGCUGGCCGCUGUACAAGAAAUACGGCCACGCCUACGAUGCGUUCAAGAUCGCAAUCACAAACCCCGCCACCGUCUUCGAGGGCCUCGACAUCCCUUCGCCCACCGUCCUCGAGGAUCUCCAGCAGCACAUCGCGCGGAGACUGACCCCGCAGCCCACCAAGGUCCGCGCCGACAUCGAGGUCACCUGCUUCGGCUACGAGGGCAUCGACGCCGUCAAGACCGCGCUUAAGAAGGGCGAGGAUCUCAACACAGAGGAAGUGCCGGUCAAGGUCAGACUAGUCUCGCCGCCGUUGUACGUCCUGACCUCGCACUGCCUCGACAAGCAGCUCGGAAUCGACAAGCUCGAGGAGGCCAUCCAGGUCAUAGAACAGAGCAUUAAGGAGUCCGGCGGCGAGUUCUCCGUCCGCAUGGCGCCCAAGGCUGUCACCGAGAGCGACGACGCUGAGCUCCAGGCGCUUAUGGAGCGGAAGGAGUUGGAGAACAAGGAGGUUUCGGGUGACGAUGAUGAUUCCGAGAGCGAGGCUGGCGACAUCGAGUAAACAGCAAGCAUGUUUUCUCGCCUUUGCUCUCGAUAAAAAUUUAUAGUAAAGUUAGUUCUUUGUUGUGUUUUGCGUUUCUGUGAAUAUCGGUGUAAUUAUACGUCUAAAUAGCACACGUCUUUUUAUAUCUCUUCAUCUAAA